AUGGCCUACUUGUUGUAUGGAACCCUGUUGGGCAGAUUGGCACGUGCCAGACAUACAUUGUACACAUUUAUCCUGAGAACAUCUAUUGAAAGAAGCACUGCUAUGUUUGACAAGGAGAAAGCACAAGAACGACUAUCAAAGCUUUCAGGAGGUGUAGCUGUGAUUAAGGUUGGUGGAGCUAGUGAGGCUGAAGUUGGUGAGAAGAAGGAUAGGGUUACCGACGCUUUAAGUGCUGCAAGAGCUGCUGUUGAAGAGGGUAUUUUGCCUGGUGGUGGUGUGGCUCUUUUAUAUGCUACUAAGGAGUUGGGUAGAAUUGAAUCAUCCAAUAGCGACGAGAAAAUAGGCGUUCAGAUCAUUCAAAAUGCUCUGAAGGCACCUGCUUACACUAUUGCUGCAAAUGCUGGGGUUGAUGGUGCUGUUGUUGUUGGCAAACUACUAGAACAGGAUGAUUUCAAUUUGGGAUAUGAUGCUGCUAAAGGUGAGUAUGUUGACAUGGUAAAAGCUGGAAUCAUCGAUCCCCUUAAAGUUAUCAGAACUGCUCUUGUAGAUGCAGCAAGCAUCUCGGUACUAUUGACAACCACUGAGGCAGCAGUUGUAGAGCGUGCAGAUGCAAAAGCUAGCAAAUCACCAAGUCGCAUGCCAGACAUGGACGAUUAUGAUUACUAAUGAGGUUGAUUAAAGGGAAAGUUUUUAUUUUAGUUGAGUUUUUGCUACAGAGGAUAGUUUCCAGUAAGGGAGUUUUGAAACUGAUUUUAACCAGUGAUUUUUACUUGCCAAAAUCGAGAAUAUUGAGUGGUCAUAUUUGGAUCAUAUUGUUGUAAAAAUCGUGGGGUUUUUAAUGGUUAGCCACUAGCCAGGCAACUCUUGUUCUAAAAAUAUCAGAAGGUUGGCAUUAGAUAAUUAUAUUCGGAAGGUUGAUGUUAUUAGGCUGGAAUCCUAUAAUGUGAUAAACCCACAUAUUUAUCAUAAAUUUCUGUUAUCGUUGAU